UGUCGCCCGUCCGUCGUCCGCGCCGUGAAUAAUUGAAACCCCGACCGAUAUUCUUAAGGUUACAGCCUAUUUCCACACGAAAAUCUAUUAAACUUAAAAUUCACUAUAAUUAACUUGUGUGUGUGUAGUGGAACUUGGCUACUGAUGUGUGUCGUGCGUCGUUCGCUUGUCGAUUCGGUGUGUUAAAGUUUUUUGAAGUGUUCGCGAGUGGAUUCUUGUGGGUGAGCGCCCUGGUAUUUAUUCUGUGGAGAGAAACGGCAUGGCAUGAGCAGUGCGGUGGGCGCGCAAUGCGGCGCGCGCCGCUCGCGCAUCCCGCCGCCCUUGCCGUUGCGCUAUCCAUUCUGCUACGACUUGUCAACGCUGGUUCAAUGGGUCCCGGGGUACCCGAGAACAUCACAGUGACGUUCUUAAACCCCACCACCGUGCGAGUGUCGUGGUCCACCACGGCGGACCUAGUGGAGAAGUAUGACGUCACUUACAAGCCUUCUGACGCGAGUUACAGAGUGGUUCUGGAGGUGGCCGGGAACUCGGACGCAGUCAUCUUGAGCGGCCUCGAGGCUGACACGCAGUACCAGGUCACUGUUGCUGCCUUGUGGGGUGGCCACAAGUAUAGAAGUAGACCGAUUGUCUUCCGCACGCUGGAGCCGCCGCGGACGUCACCGCAGCAGGACGGGGGGCUGGCUGGCACGGCGAGAUCCUCGGUGGGCCCGCCCGAUCCCUCGCCCACCUUCCCUACGAUACGAGGGGUAGAAAUCGGCAUAGUAGUGCUGGUCCUACUUGUCUGGAUCGGUGCCAUCGCACUGUUCUUCAACCGUUGGGGCAAGAUUCGCAUGCUUCUGCCGUAUCAGCCCGACUACAAGCAGGAGCAGUUGAAGGUGCCAGGCAGCAGCGCGCUAGCAGCGGCGGCAGCAGGCGGCCAGUGCGCACAUUCAGCACCCUCAGCCUGUUCGCACAUGCGUUGGUCGCACACUCACACACAAAGCUUGGAGUGUGAGGAGCGUCUGCUGGCGCGCUGCAGCCGGCCUCGGGUGAACUCGGCAAUCUUCGUGUCAGCCGAACCUGCGGGCUUCGCUGGGUUCGACGCGAGCGAGUUUUUGAGGAGGCACGGUUCGCAGUCCAAACUGUGUCGGAAGGCUAGAUCCGCCGACAACAUCCCUCUAACAUCAAUGACUGACUCAUCAGAACGCCUUUGCAAAGCCAAGGCGCCCCGCGAAGAGACCAUCAGCGAAGAAGCAAAGUCCGAUGACACCGGCAGCGUCGAAACUGUCAAGCACUUUGGCUUGCCAAUCCUCUCCGUCUCAGGACCUUCACCCCCAGAUGAAGACUACGACCAGAUAGAUGAGUAUCUGUAGCAUUUCCAUACCAGUUUCCAGCUCAAAUAUGUGCUGGAAAAGCUAAGGCCCCCUUGGCCUAGCCCUGCACAAAGUCCUUGAGACUUCUGCACUUGGACUUCUCGUGUUUCGUUUUGUGAUAGAUGCCUUUAGACGGACGGAUAGUGGGACCAUAGUCUUUAGUAUGGUGCGUGUCUCCAGUUUAUAUCCUGUGGUAUUUUCCCCUCCUUUACAUUGUAUUUAUUGUACCUAUCCAAUGUGUGUUUAUCAUAAGUAAAACGAUUUUAAUGUUCACUUUUAUUAUAGGGUAGAUGACUAAUUUGACUCUUUAAAUUGUAAUAACGUCAGUGUAGUUCUAUUAUAACGUAUUUUAGAUUUAAAAGCGGUGCAGUGUUGCGCCUCGGGCGAGAAAAGUGACGGAACUAUUCUCUUUGUGGUAAAAUUACAAGUCUCUCUGGGACCUGUUUGUAAAAUAUGUCAAAUACCCUAUUUUAGAUAAGAAAUGCACAAUAAUUACUAUUAAAUAUUACUAUUAACUAACAGUGCCACUCUAAAUUUAAAUGCAUGUGGAAACAUGCAAUAUAUAAUGAUUUAUAAGCAAUUUUGGUGUAAGUUGUUUGUACUUUACGCUUUGUAAAUAGCUUUAGGUCUUAUUUAUUUUAUGCAUUUUUUAUUUAGUGUCGAUUUUAGUCGUCAGGUUUUGAUAAAAUUUGGUAACUUACAGAGCCUUAAUUCUGGGCGGCAUAAAUUGUCAUUUGUAAAAAAGUCAUUUCCGAAAAAAUAAUUGGCUGUCUUUACCCAGAAAAAUAACUUAAUAUUAUUUAAGACAAACUUCGCUCAUAUUGUAAAGAACAGGGAACUGUCCACCAAAUUUUAUCAAAAUCUGACAAAAAUCGACAAAAAAUAAAAAAAACUAUUCUUAUAAAUAAAAAAAGUUAGAAAUCAUUGUACUAAAAUCUGGCUUGCAUCUUAUUUACAAAGUAUGAUAAAUUACGUCUUAUAGAAACUUAGAAAUAUAGAUGAUUUGAAGGUUGAACUUUGGUCCAAAGAAAUGUAUUAUCUGCACAUGACUGUGUUUUAGGAAGUAAGAAAUACUUUUUGAUUGUAAGGAGAACAACGAGGUGGUGAAACCCCUGCCGGCGUAUCAUGCUGCCAAUUUUAUCACUUAUCCACGUGGAUAAGACAUCUGUCACUCUCACACUGACAUACUUGCUAAAGCGUGACGGAUGCUUUAUCCACGUGGAUAAGUGAUAAAAUUGGCAGCAUGAUACGCCGGCUGGAGUAACUAGAAUAAGAAAGACCUUUAAUAUAAAACUAAAGGCUUUUCAUGAGGGGUUAAGGUAAUAGAGGAAAGUAUUUUAUCAAAUACAUUUUUUUUUAUUUUGUUUAAUUUUAUUGACAAAUUAAAAAAUACAUAAUAUAGGUAUUGAAAUUGGCACUGGUUCCCCCAAAAGUGACUAAGUGAUGAGCUAUUGGAAAUAAAAAUAGUCGC